AUGGAUCACGCAGACUAUCCACGGGAUACUGUACCAGGCGUAGUGAACAAGAUAUUCCGCUCUCAAAAAUGGCAGGGUCAGCGUCAACGUCAAUAUUGUUUCCUUUAUCCAAAAGAAGAGCGAGAAGAGUUGGAUAAUUGGGAAUUAUUGACGCUGAUUGUGGCUGAUGGGGAUAUGGGGCUCGGAGGACUUACGCAUACUAUGAAGAUAACUAGGGCUUUUGUAGAGGCGGGUGUUGCUAUAUUUCAUUUGGAUGAUUUUGCUAUCGGUGCAAAGAAAUUCAUCACUGGGGAAGGACGAACUGUUAUUCCAACAAGCGAGCACCUGUCUCGUCUAACUGCUGCUCGUACCCAGAUUGAUGUUAUGAACGCAGAGACAAUCCUGCUAUGUCGCUGUGACACCAAUCACUCUAGCUAUAUUACAUCCAUCGUAGACUCGCGUGACAACACAUGGGUCCUCGGAGCAACAAAACCAGUCGAUCCCCUGACCACCAUUUUCAACCGCGCCCUCGCGAACGGAGAAGACAUCACUGCAGCUCGAAAGGCAUGGAUCAAUUCCGCCGAACUCAAGACGUUUGACGACGCCGUAGCUUCCGUUGCCUCGACCUCUUCUAUCGAAGAACUCAAAUCUUAUCAAACCGCCGUCGCUGAGGCUACAACAAGCACUUCCUGUCCCUUCCUUAGCGAACGUCGCGCACUCGCAAAGAAGCAUCUCCCCGAACCCCUCUUCUCCCAACUUUUCUUCGACUGUGAUCUGCCACGUACCCCAGAGCAAGCCAAGAAUUUCCCCUGGGAUUCUGCCAAAGAAAUACGGUGUGGUAUGGCAUGUUCAGCCCAUCUGGGCAUUGCAAGGGCAGAGACGCGCUACGGAAGAGUCCAGGGUCCUGAGCUUGGAGUGACCUAUACGGAUUUGCAUAUUAGAGGUUAUGGAGUUCGAGAUGUGGAUGUGGAGGAUUCUGGAUAUGCGCGGGUCAAAUUUAGUGGAGCGUAUCUUGCUGAUGCUUUGCUUGAGACGGCUACUAUGAAUAUUUAUGGUGCUGAAAGGUGUCUUAGGAUGGGCGAAGGCGUGGUCAAGGGGCCCAAGUAG